GCGGAGCUAACUAGUAAACGGGGCCUACCGAUGGAGACACUGAAACACGGGAGCAGCACUUGUGACGCACUUCCGGCGCUCUAAGCAAGGAAGAUGGCUGCGCCCCAGCAGCAGGCUUCAGUGGCUUCCUCAGCUGGUGGUGUAUCGGCUCCGGGUUCGACUGGUGGUCCGGGUUCCCAGCAGCAGCCGCAACCGCCAGCACAACUGGUGGGACCUGCCCAAAGCGGUCUCCUGCAGCAACAACAACAGGACUUCGAUCCUGUGCAGCGCUAUAAGAUGCUCAUCCCGCAGCUGAAGGAGAGUCUACAGACCUUGAUGAAGGUUGCAGCGCAGAACUUGAUUCAGAACACUAACAUUGACAAUGGACAAAAGAGCAGCGAUGGACCCAUACAGCGCUUUGACAAGUGCCUGGAGGAGUUCUACGCACUCUGUGACCAGCUGGAGCUGUGUCUGCGCCUGGCGCAUGAGUGCCUUUCACAGAGCUGUGACAGUGCCAAGCACUCUCCAACCCUGGUGCCCACAGCCACCAAGCCAGAUGCCGUGCAGCCUGACAGCCUGCCCUACCCGCAGUACCUGGCCGUCAUCAAAGCCCAGAUUGCCUGUGCCAAGGACAUUCAUACGGCCCUGCUGGACUGUGCCAACAAGGUCACAGGCAAGACGCCUGCACCACCUACUGGCCCCGGGGGCACCCUCUGAGAUGGCAUGGCAGGGAGCGGGGCUGGCAUUGGGGGAUAAGGGGGGCAGACAAAGAAUGAAGAUUGGCCUAAGCCAAAAAGCACGA